AUGGUUGGUAAUGAUGCCCGUGUGUCCUCUCUGACUCUGAAAUACGUGCAGUUCACCGAUGCCGGCCAGUACCUCUGCACGGCCCGUAACUCCAUUGGUCAGGACAUCCAGAGCAUGUACCUGGAAGUGCGCUAUGUGCCUUCGGCCCCCUCUAUCGAGCGUGUGGAGCCGUAUUCCAGCACAGCAAAGGUGGAGUUUGAUGAGCCUGCCUCCAGUGGAGGAGUGCCUAUCCUCAAGUACAAGGCUGAAUGGAGGAUAGCAGGCCAAGACUGGACUGACAAAGAGUAUAUAGCUGGGGAUGGUCUCAACUUUAUCACCAUUGUUGGGCUGAAGCCAGAGACCACGUAUGAGGUCAAGAUAUCAGCCAUCAACGGCAAGGGUGCAGGAGAAAGCAGCCCCCCUGAGAGCUUUAAAACCCAACCUGUUCUGUCUUCAGAGACUCCAACUUCCAUUCCUCCAACCACUGCCGACCUUAGUGAGUAUGCCGACUGUGUGCAGUGUCGUUUGCCACUCUUUAUCCGCCUGCUACACGUUUGUUCGCUCACCGCUGGGGGUUUGUCCACAGGCAACGAGAUGAAGGUCCACUGGAUCAAGCAGGACGAUGGGGGCUCUCCCAUCAAACACUAUCUAGUGCGCUACAGAGCUAAGAUGAAAAUGAGCAUUGUGUCAUUGGUCCGCCUGCCCAACGGCAGCGAGUACGUUGUUCUGCGAGGUCUGGAAUGGAACACGGAGUACGAGGUCUACGUCAUUGCCGAAAACCAGCGAGGACGAUCUGAUCCAGGCAAACUCUCCUUCAGGACUUUGCCAGAACCCACCGCCAUCCCAGAAGAAAGUAAGAUGCAUACAGGUUUGAAACAACAUGAAGAAACCAGCUCAGGGUUGGGCACCGGGGCUAUAGUGGGCAUCCUCAUCGUGGUCUUCAUCCUGCUCCUCUUCGGUGUUGACGUCACAUGCUACUUCCUCAACAAGUGUGGCCUUCUCAUGUGCAUCGCCGUCAACUUCUGCGGCAAGUCUGGGCCCUCUGCCAAAGGGAAGGAUAUCGAGGAGGGAAAAGCCGCUUUCACUAAGGAUGAAUCUAAGGAGCCCAUUGUGGAGGUAAGGACUGAGGAGGAACACACACCAAACCAUGAGGGAGGAGGACCCACCGAACCCAAUGAGACCACCCCUCUGACCGACCCUGAGCACGCUGCUGACACCACAGCAACUGUAGUGGACUUGCUUCCCUCUGUAACCACUAACUCAGACCCCGGCACUGACAGUCCUGCUAGCGAUAGCACCACCCUUACCUCAAGCACUGCCCCUGCUGCCAACCCUAAAGUGGUCCCUAAAGCUACCCCCCAAUCCAGCACCCCCAAACCUAGCGUCACCUCUUCCACCUCCCCACAAGCUGCUCCUGCAGCCGUGGCCCCUCUGGUGGACCUGAGCGAUACGCCCUCCAACCAGACCUCAAAGUCCUUAGAUGCCCCCCAGCCUUCUGAUUCAACCACUGCAGAUCUGGCCAAAGCCGAUGGCCAGAGCCCGGCUGAGCUGGCCAAUGCUCCCCAAAGUAAGGACUCUCAGGUACAGGGAGGAGCUCACCAGACCACAGAUAGUGACCUUGCCAAGGAUGCACUGGGCAAGCCCUCCAGCGACUCCUCCAGUGCACUGUCCGCACCCAACCAGGACGAGUAUGGCCACCUCUAGAUGUUUAGUUGUGUUUGUGUCCAUAACCAUCUCCGAUUUCUCACUGUCUGUUAUCUUCGUCACCCCCUUCCUCUUCAGUUUCUUCUCACUUCUUAAUGUAAAAUCCGAAUUUGCAUCUUCAAUCUUGGCGUAUUCCCUUUGGUAUUCAAAUGAGAGAUGACUUGGUACGCUGGGACAGCUUGUGCGGGUUUAUUUGCACCUCUGUAAAAACCAGUUCAAUGGUGGCGUUUCAGAGCACAGUGGAAUUAUAAAUGUGUAAAAUUGUUCUUUUGGUUUUGUUUUUCAGAGCGAGCUAAUUGAAUCCACCAUUAUCACUGGCAGAGCCUCACAAUGAUUGGUUGUCGCAAAUGGCACAAUUCCACAGCUGAUGAUUUUAAAUGAUGGCUUUCAAAGCUGAAAAGG